AUGUCUGAAAAGGUAUUCUCAGAUCGUGGUAUUAGUGAUGUAACUUUGAGUUGUAUGUCACUAUCCAACUCAUCAAGGUGGAAGCCGGAGUGUUGGGAUGGAAAACGAUGGAUCGAUUGGUGCAAUAAUGUAUCACAACUAUUUCAAUCCUCAAUGCUCUUUCACAAUCAGGACCCUGAAGUUUCCGAUUGGUUCUUGAUUCUGUUUGAUGAUCAAAAGGCCUGUGAUCAAAGCAUUGUUUAA